CACUCAUCAGCGCUUUCUUGCCUUCGCCCACCAUCGAUGCAGCCGAAUGACGCUGCUCGUUGUGCCACCCGGCACGGCACCCACUAUCUGGACGACGGAGAUGUUGUCGUGCGCGUGGAGCACACGCUAUAUCGACUUCAUUCCUUCCACCUCCGGCGGUCAACCACUUACUUCAAUGGGAUGCUCGCGACCGACGACUCGGACGCUACCAAGGACGGCGGUAGCGAUGAGCAUCCACUUGUCCUUGAAGGAGUGGAGUCGCUCGAUUUCGAACACUUGCUCUGGUUCUUCUACGAAUCUGCUUACAAGUGGUCGGGCAUUAUUGAUCACCACCUAACGCCCAAGUGGGAGUCAGUCUUGCUGUUGGCAGAGAAGUUCAACAUGACCCAAGUCGCAAAAGUGGCAUGCUACGCGCUAGGACGAGCCGGAGUACUCAGCGACGUGCGCAAAAUUGCCCUCGGUGUGAAGCAUGGUCUAGGAGAAGACUGGAUACUUGAAGAGCUCAAGCGUAUUCUGACACGCGACUCUCCUUUCUCAAUCGAAGAAGGUCGGGAGCUUGGUUUAGAUACGGUCGUCAUUCUCGCCGCUUCCCGCGAGACGAGAGCUCUCCAGGCGGGAGGACUUUGCGCGACGGGUCAUUGCCCAGAGUGUCAAGAUAUGAUGGCCAUCAGCUGUGCCAAUGGCUGGCACACGUGCCAAAAUGGCUGUAUGAUGAUUGAAUGCCCACGACAAGGAACCGUGACUCUGGACGUUGCUCCUCUAGUCCAAGAUACAGUGCUCCCCUCUUUGCCGUGUUCGCUCCAGCACUCACCGACUGGCGCCGAGGAGGUGCUCACUUACCGCAAGAACUUGAGAUACGAUUUCUUUGUAAAGCUGGAGUCCACAGUCCUUGGCGUCCACUCGUAUCAUCUGGAGAGGGCGUCCUCGGUCUUUGCAGACAUGCUCGCUCUACCGACUGACGGCGUGUCGCGGGAAGGGAAAACUCGAGAUCACCCGCUGGUCCUUGAUACUAAGCUUCGUUACUUCGAAAGCCUCCUCUGGUUCCUGUACGAUUCACCAUACCAAUGGUCCUCCAAACCGAACACCUCCGUAUCUCCCAGAUGGGAAGACGUCCUCAUUGUGGCCGAUAUGUUCAACAUGGAGGAGGUUUGCCGCGUCGCUACAUACGCCCUGGACCACAACGGCAUGCUUCCCGACAUCCGAAGAAUAUCUCGCUGUGUCCGUCACAACAUCGAUAAAGCAUGGGCUCUCGACGCCAUCAGACGCGUCUGUAUACGCGAGCAGGCCUUGAACAAAGAUGAGGCGCGCGAAGUGGGGCUAGACAUGGCUAUGCUUAUUGCGUCGGCACGAGAGGCUGCGUAUAAAGCCUCUGGUGGCAGGAUCUCUGCGUUUGUCCCUGUCAUUGGCGAUGUUAUCAAGAAUGCACUUCUCGAAGGUCGAGAACAGCAAGAUAUGUAGGCGACGUGUACAGUGCUGGUCUUGAACAUCUGUACGGCACGCCGGAUGGAAUGUGACGCCGAUUGAAAGACCCUCACAACGCUUGAUACGAGUGCACAGAGCGAUAUAGUAUUAGGUCCGGUUAUACUGGACAAGAAGGGCUAUGAUAGUACGCUAAUGACUGACGCGGCUCUUCAAUGAAUGUCCGUUGACCUCCG